GCCCAGCUGAUUAGUUUCAGUUUCAGAUAUCCACGAAUGAGUUGUGCUUUUCGACUUGGCAACACUGUUUGUUAUCAACUCCUUCUUUCUUAUCAUGUUUUUGAACUUUUCCCACAUUCCCACUUUUUACAUUCCGAACUUUGAAAAGUUUCAUAUUCAUUGUAAGAACUUGAAAAGUUUCAUAUUCAUUGUAAGAACUUGAAAAGUUUCGCGUUAGUCGCGUAUCAUUUUUUUGUCUAGUGCCAAUUUAUCGUAGUCAAUCGUGUUCACGAAGGAACUGAAAUUCAAUUCAAAACCUUAGUCCAGGUUUUCGUAUAAAAUAACGACAGUAUAACUUAUUCGGGCUAUUCAAUAUGAAACCGGUUCACGCGAUUGCUGCCAUGUGUGAGAACAAUGGAAUCGGACGCAACGGUGGUUUACCAUGGAAACUGAAAAAAGAAAUGGACUAUUUUACCAGAAUGACCAGCUCAACGAAGGAUAGUUCUAAUCGUAAUGCCGUCAUAAUGGGCCGUAAAACUUGGGAAUCAAUUCCAAACAAGUACAAACCACUCGCGAAUCGCCUAAACGUUGUGGUUUCCAAACAAAUGUCGGACGAUAAAGAGAUGAUAUGUUUCAAGAGCGUCACCGAUGCGGUGAAAACGUUGCAAAGUUCGCAUUCUAAUUACAGCAAUAUCGAAACGAUUUGGGUGAUAGGAGGUUACAAUGUUUAUAAAGAAGCGUUGGAUAAUCAAUUAUGCGAUAAAUUAUUUUUAACAAGAAUCAAGAAAGAAUUCGAAUGCGAUGUAUUUUUCCCCGAGUUUUCCGAACACGAUUAUCAACUGGUACAACAAGAAGACGUAUCGCAAGAAGUACAAAUUGAAAACUCCAUCGAAUAUUACUUUCAAGUUCAUGAGAAAAAAACGAAAUUAAUGGUACCGUAAUUAAAUCUCGUACGUGCCUUAUUCUUAAUUGUAUCUAUGCGAUACUCGAAUUUGAUUUUUAAGCUUAGAUUACUUAAUUUAUAUUUUUACACUACACAAUCAUGUACAUUUUGCCGAUUUAUGUUUUUGUUAA